AUAUUGUAUUUAUCUAGAUCUUUUGGAAUUGUCAUUUCAUUUUUCAAUGAUUUUACAAUGCUUUUCAUCUCAAAGUUUCUAAAAUAACAAAGUUUUAUUGACCGGGUUGUUGUUAAGACUAGCGGUUUUUUAUUUGUUUAUUUUAUUUCUGUACGGCGUGCUCAUAAAUAUUAAAUAGCCCGUCUAUAGACGUGACCUAUAAAUAGAUUUGUUAUAAAUGAUUAUUAUCUUUGGCUCGCAUAUUUGUAUUCUUCGGUUGAAUAGAGUUUGACUGACGAUAACCAACAUGCUGUCUUCUUGUUUUUUCAUUUAAUUUAUUAUUAUAUUCAGCUGUAUACGAGUGCCGGUUUAGUUUUUGCCAGCAAUCGUGGGAGUGUGCCAUUGCUGUUCCAUGGAUUUAUGUUGGACUUAAGAAAUAGCCUCUUGCUUCUAUAGUCCAGCAGGUUUCAUACGCUUCAGUAGUGAAACCUCAGGAUGACCAGCACAGAAAAUGCCAACGAGGUUAACGAAAACGCUAAAAUUCCAGAAAUGUAUGAUCCAGAUGAUCCUGAGUGUCAAAGGCAGAUGUGGAGACCACCAGAUAUUCAACAAGAUGUUCAAGAAAUGGAACGAAGGAAGAGAGUUGAAAUUAUUAUGAAUAGUCAAGUUUUUCGGGAAGAGCUAGAGAGGAUCAUAGAGUCCCAAAUGAGUGAAGGUGGGGUCACAGCGAAUUUAUCUGCUCUACAACAAGUGACAGAACUUUUGCUUCCUCACACUUCUCGUACAGCUCCAACAGCUGUUAGGUCUGGUGUUUGCGUUAUUCCAAUCAAUGACAUCCGGGGAGUAGAUGGAUUACGUUAUGCUAAAGGUGAAAAGGUACAGCGAACUAAGUUGGCUGCAGUCUAUAGGUUAAUAGAUUUGUAUGGCUGGGCUGAAAGCAUGUUUAACAAUAUAACUGUGCGUGUUAGUCAAGACCAAGAACACUUUCUAUGCCAUCCAUAUGGAUUACAGUAUCAUGAAAUCACUGCCUCAUCCUUAUUGAAAGUUGACAUGCAAGGAAACGUUAUUGAUCUUGGGACAACAAACUAUACAUUCAAUAAAUCAGGAUUUUCUUUGCAUUCAGCCAUUCAUGCUGCCAGGCCAGAUAUAAAGUGUAUUAUUCAAGUCCAUUCUCCCCCUUGCAUUGCCGUAUCUGCCACCAAAUGUGGUCUUUUGCCCAUCAGUCAAGAAGCUGCCAUUCUUGGAGAGAUAAGUUACUGCGAUUUUCAUGGUAUACCAUCUGACCAAUCUGGGAGAGAUCAAAUUUCACGUAGUCUAGGGCCUCUAAAUAAAAUUUUAAUUUUGAGAAAUAGGGGCAUUUUAAUUUGUGGAGAAUCCAUAGAAGAAGCAGUCUUUAUGUUGCAUAAGUGUGUUGCAGCUUGUGAAACACAGGUGAGGUUAAUGCCUAUUGGUAUUGAUAAUAUUCAAAUGAUGUCAGAAGAAGCUAUUAAAAAUGAACGAGAAAUGAUCAUAUCUGGAGGUUAUCCUAUAGAAAUCAAAGAUGAUGAACCUCCUGGAGGUGAUGAAGAUAAAGAGAAAGCAGAGCCAAAAGAGAAGCAAAAGAAAUGGAGGGUUUGGGAUCUUGAAUUUGAAGCUCUGAUGAGAAUGCUGGAUAAUGCUGGCUUUAGAACUGGGUAUACCUUCAAACAACCUAUGAUUCGUACUGAUCAAGUAAGGCUGAAGAACGAUGUUGAAGUACCUCCUGCAGCUUCAUCAUAUUCUCAGUAUUAUGGAGAGGAUAAAUGGUUAAGUCCUCUGAAGAAGCUUGUGGAAGGUCGUAAAACCCAAGACAAACUUCGCUGGGUUAAUUCUCCCAACGUAUACCAAAAAGUGGAAGUUCUUGAAACUGGAACUCCUGAUCCAAAGAAAAUCACUAAGUGGGUACAGGAAGGGUCUCCGUCACACAGCACAUCAAUCAAAAUUCAAUCUUCUCAUCAGUUCAUUCCUAUUACUAAUGACCUUGGAGAAUUUAAGCGAAAGCAGAAAGAGUUGAAAGCUAACAGACUUAAGUCAAAGGUCACUGCUGGUCCACAAUCUAAUAUCCUUGAAGGAGUUACAUGGGAAGAAAUUCGUCAAAUGCAGGAUGCUGCCAAUGCCGCUGGGGAUCAAGUGGUCUUGGUGGGAGCUGCUUCCAAGGGUAUCAUUCAACGAGAGUUCCAGCACAAUGCAAUGGUUUACAAAAGUGCUUAUAGCAAGAAUCCCUUUGAUAAUGUUACUGAAAAUGAUUUAGAAGAAUAUAAGAAAAUAGUUGAGCGAAAGCAACGUGGUGAAUCUUUUGAGGAUGAGAUACCAGAUGAAAUUAAGCCAUUAUUGCUGGAGCCUGUGUCUGAUCACUCCAGAGCUCAAUCUUCUGUGCCGCCCAGUUCGAAAUCCCCUCCACCCUCUCCAGCAUCUUAUGCUACUAACAGCAAAGAUCGAGACAAUAUUGCUGUUCAGAAAGCUUUAUCGUCCCAACUUGCAGAGCAAGAACCUAUUGAAAAGAAGCAAAAUUUCUUCCGGCGCACAUUCUCAGAACGAAAACCUAAAACAAAAUCUGCACAAGCUGUAAAUGGGCAGAAAAUGAGGUCAUUGGAAAGUGGAGAUGUGUCCAUAGCAUCGCAGAGUAGUAAAGAAGGUUCUCCAACAAAAGAUCUUAGUGAAAGUUCAUCCAAGAAAGAAAAAGAAAAGGAAAAGAAGAAAAAAGGAGGAUUAAAAACUCCAUCAUUUUUGAAAUCCAAGAAAAAACACAAGAAAGACAAGGAAAAGAAAGAAAAGGGUGCAACAGAUAUGUAAAAGAUAUAUUUUUUGAUGGCAUCAGUGAGAAAGAUGAUUAUUACUACUUCAUCGAUUGUGAAUCAUUUCCAUCAGUUUGCAUGUAAAGCUUCUCUAGUGCUUUUGAUAGCUACAAGUUUCACAUCUGUGUUUGCAGUUGCUAAUUUUUAUCUUUGUUGCAGCAUCAUUUUAGCAUAAACUUUCUCAUAAUCCACCAUUUUGCAGAACAUUUUUUUUCAUUUUUAAAUUAUUGCAGUUCUUGCAUUUGACAUUUUUCUCUCUUGAGUUAUGCCAUUCUAUUACCUUUGGUGGCUUCAAUUUCUUAUGAUGCUGGUCAUUACUUCAAAUAAUUGCUGUCUACUUUUUAAUUUGUGUGUGUGUUUUAAUCAAUUUUUUUUCAAGUGAUGAGGUCUUAAUAAUUUUAAGUUAAAAAAAUUUUAUUGUUAAUAACUGAAAUCA